UGGGUAGCGCCGUGCAUUCUACUCGUCAGCUGUUUGGAUUGUCAACCAUUUUCGCUUCGUGUUCUUGGCGAAAAAUAAAGUCAAACGCGUAAUUCGCUAGUUAUUUUUGUUAUUGUUAUUUUUCAUGCCCGAAUAAUAUAAAAACAGUAGAGGUGAGCAUGCAAGCAGGGGAAGAUCGGAGGAGCAGAUAACAGAAAGCAAACCGACGCCCGAAAAGUGACAGAUAGAAGCGUAAGAAGAAGCUGCAGCACAGCGCGGGCCUUUGUUGUUGUGACUGCCACGGAUCUGGGGAAAAGCACCUUCCACGCCCUCCAAUUCCACACCCACACCUAUACGUGCCUAUAACCCGCAUUGGGCAUGAGCGGUGCACGGGAUCAGGCGGAUCCCCCGCUGCUACAGCUUGAAGACGAGGAGGACCUCAUCGGCGACUUUGUCAAGAACCAAACGCCAGCCAGCAGCCAGCUGGCCCCGCUCCUGAAUGGCUUCGAAUCGACGACUAACCAGUUGACCACAAAAGUAGAGAUCAACACCAUUGGAAUGGGCAAACGGAAGACCAGAAGGCGAGGCAGAAAGGGGCGGGAACCCAUGUUACUGUCGGUCGAUGAUGACGAGUACGAGGAGGAGGUGACAGAGGAGAAGAACCACACCAACGGCCUGCCUCCAGGGGAGGAGAGUGCCGGGGGCGAUGCCGUGCUUCAGAAACCGCAACUGGAUAAGUUGGUCAUACUCCACGACGACCACACCGACGACGGCGACGACGAAGAUGGCGAGGAAGAAGUGUUGCUGAAGAGGAGCUCAAACCUGCGCAACCAGAGAUUCAAAGGUCGCGCUGAUGAGAGCAUUGAAGGCAGCAGCCAGCAGGCACAGAUCAUCAGUCACAUAGCACCCACGAAGGCAGCCACAUCUGCAUCGACAGCGGCAUCUCCGCUGAAAACCACUUCGCACAUUGCCCUCGCCCGUCAUUCGCAUGACGAGGCUGACGACAUCUGCCUGGUGCCAGAAAUCGACUUCGAGGGCAUGUCUACGGACGCAGGCAGCGACAACCGGGAGUCGCAGCCGCUCCUGGGAGGUGGCAGUGCCAGCCACGGAAGCCGCAUCAGCGACCUUUUGGGUGGGCUCGGACGCGGGCACGAUCAUGUGGAGUUUGUGUCGAACACAUUUGGCGAUGAUCCGCUUUUCUCGGAGAUUGUGGCGAAGGCGGAGGGAGCCAUCGAGCAUGGUGUGCUGCCCGAGCGCAUUUACCAGGGUAGCAGUGGUUCCUAUUUCGUCAAGGAUGCCUCCCAUCAAUGUCUUGCUGUUUUCAAGCCAAAGGAUGAGGAACCCUAUGGCAGACUGAAUCCAAAAUGGACCAAAUGGAUGCAUAAGCUGUGCUGCCCUUGUUGUUUUGGUCGUGCUUGUUUGAUUCCCAAUCAGGGGUACCUUUCCGAAUCAGGUGCAAGCUUGGUCGAUCGAAAGCUUAAUCUGAAUGUGGUUCCAAAGACGCGUGUGGUUAGACUGGUGGCCGAAAGCUUUAACUACGCCCGCAUUGAUCGCCAAAAGGCUAAGCUGAAGAAGCGUAUCAAGGAGCACUAUCCAUCGGCCCACUUCAACAGGAUGAGCCUUCCCCUGAAGACUGGCUCCUUCCAGCUCUUCGUGGAGGGCUACAAGGAUGCAGACUACUGGCUGCGUCGUUUCGACAGCGAACCUUUGCCGCCGUCGGUGGCCAAGUCCUUUCAGUUGCAGUUUGAGCGCCUUGUUGUCCUUGACUAUAUCAUUCGCAACACGGACCGAGGCAACGAUAAUUGGUUAAUAAAGUACAUUGCCCCAAAGGUCACGGGCCAGGUGGGCGGCACCGGGGGCCGGACUAUGCAUGGUGUAGUGCGUCCCAAAUUGCCCGGUGCUUCGGAAAUCGUUGAUCUAAACGAGCAGCAGGGUAAUCGGAAUGUAAAGGCCGAUGGUGUCUUAAGAAAUCAUCCGGCGGGAGAAGCAGCCACAAAUGGGCAGCAGGACAGCAGCAGCCUGGCCAGCAGCGAAGAUGAGCCCUCCUCGAGAUCCCCAACGUCGGAGCCCGAAUGGAAUGUGGUGAACUCAGCCUUUAUCCGAAUCGCUGCCAUCGACAACGGCCUGGCCUUUCCAUUCAAGCAUCCGGACUCAUGGCGAGCCUAUCCCUACCAUUGGGCUUGGUUGCCACAAGCGAAGAUCCCCUUUAGCGACGAAAUCAAGGACCAUGUCCUCCCCCAGUUAUCAGAUAUGAACUUUGUAGAGGAGAUUUGCACGGAGUUGUUGUAUCUGUUCCAGCAGGAUCGCGGCUUUGACAAGCGUCUGUUCGAGCGACAGAUGUCCGUGAUGCGGGGCCAGAUCCUCAAUCUCACUCAGGCACUGAGGGAUGGCAAGUCACCAGUGCAAUUGGUUCAAAUGCCAGCCGUUAUUGUGGAGCGAUCCAGCGGCAGUCGUUUCUUUUCAUUUACGCAGCGCUUCCAAAACAAGAGCCCUUUCUUCUCUUGGUGCUAAAUGGCCAUGGAGGAGCCCUUGCUUACCCCACCAAAAACCAAAACGUGCAGUCCGGACCUGCCGCCUCAUCAUCAUCAUGUAUAUGCGCCUCGUUGUUUUCUAGUAUAUUUCUAAAUCGUAGUCAGUUGCUGUCGGCGAGGAGCCCAGAAAUGUUUUUGUUAAAUGUUAGUUUUCUUAUGGCCAAAAGAACCAAGUCAUACGGUUUGGCUUACCCAAGGUUAUAUAUGUUUGUCAUGUGUUUGUAUAGUCAAUUGUUUGUGCAUAAAAUAAGAUGAAAUCGAAAGAUCCUGAAGAGUGAA